CUCUCACUCUCAGUCAACACGCGAGUCGCGGCCGCCUCAGUUGGACGCGGACGAUCGCAACGCUAGCAUGUGCCUCAUCGCGACGUGGUCGACGACGCGCCGUUGUUGUUGCCGCUACUUCUGGUGCUGGUGCUGUGACGUGCCUCUUCGGCCGCGAUGCUAUCGUGCGGACGCGGACGCGCGCUUACCGCCGUUAUCCUGACGAUCCUGGUGCUGUGCGACCAUGCUGUGGAGCGCGGUGCCGCCGUAAAAUGCGGUUCACUUCGGCUUCAAAACGAACUUGAAGAUCUCAGCAAGUUGGAGAACUGCACCAUCAUCACCGGAUAUCUCUCGCUGCUGCUCAUGGAAAAAGCUACCGAUGAACACGACUGGGAUAAAUAUUCCUUUCCGAAUUUGAUUGAGAUCUGGGAGUAUUUGUUUGUUUACCGCGCGCGUCGACUUACGACUCUCGGCAAUCUCUUUCCGAAUCUGCGAUUAAUCAAAGGACAGGAAACUAUUCACAACCAUGCGUUAGUUAUUUGGUCAAUGGAUAGCUUACAAGAGAUCGGAUUGAAAAACCUACGAAAAAUCGAACGUGGACACGUUAUGAUUGGAAAUUGUGAGAAAUUAUGUUAUUACAAAACGAUUGAUUGGAACCUUUUGGGUACCGAGUUGAAAACACAAAAUAUGUCAACAGAUUGCGAUGCCAUGACUUGUCCCGCACAGUGUAGUGAAGGUCAUUGCUGGUCAAACACUGAAUGCCAACGCAACAGUGCAAUUACAGAUGCAAUUGAUGAUUGCAUCACAGAAGAAGGACAAUGCGUUGAGAAAUGCUCCAAGGAUAGAGUAUUGUUAGCACCCGGAAAUUUAUGUAUACCAAUAAAGGAAUGCAGCCAGUAUCGUACGAAUAGACAAUGGUUUAUCUACAACCAAACCUGUUCGAACAAAUGCCCAGACGGUUACCAUUUUGUCAACGGAACGUGCAAGUAUUGUGGCAGUAGUUGUGUUCAUAUCUGCGAUAAGCAAGUCGUCAACGCACUGACGUCAAUCACCGGUCUGAAAGGCUGCACGCAUAUCAACGGCAGUCUUCAGUUUAGAGUCGAUGAGGCCGAUGUGGCUGAUGAAUUGGAGAAGUAUUUGGGUGGAAUUAAAGAAAUCUGGGGCUAUUUGAAAGUAACUCGGUCACCUGCGAUUAAAUCACUGGAGUUUUUGAAGAAUUUACAACUUAUCAGAGGCGACGUGCUCGAUGAUAAAAAUAACUCGCUGAUUGUUGUCGAUAAUCGUAACUUGAACAAGCUGUGGACGUUCGAUUCGUCCUUCAAGCUGAAAAUCAAACGCGGUAAGCUCAAAUUCCAUUAUAACCCGCAGCUGCGCUAUCGCGAUAUUGAAAAAUUGAAUAAGCUGACGAUUAACAUGGAAUUCACACCAGUGCAAGUGUCGAAAGAAUCGAAUGGAGAUCAGCGCAGCGAAUUGACGCUGCAUACCGAGUCAAUUAUUCAUUCAACGAAUGCUACACUCUCGUGGGAGGGUUAUCGUAAUCAAAGCCGCGGAUUUUUCUUCUAUUAUAUCGAAAACGAAGAGAUUUUGAGUGGCACAGAGGAUGCAUGUGUAUCAAAUGCAUGGAAUGUUGUAUUCACCACGAAUAAUUCGGUGACUCUGAUGGACCUGAAACCUUAUGCUAACUAUUCGUAUUACAUUGUGGUCACAACAGCGAGUGAUAAAACACAAGAACGGACUAACACAAGCACUUUUAUGACGUUAUCAGGGGAUCCAUCGGGGCCGCGCAACGUAGAUGCCAUUUCAUUUAAUGCCACUACUAUUAAAUUAACCUGGGAGCCACCAGCGGAUAUUCGUGGGAUCUUAGAUAAGUACGUAAUCACCUACUACAAGAUUCCCAAAGAUGGCGAGACGCUAAAGACUCGAAACUACUGCACACAUCCUGUGCAUGAAGGAUACCUUGGUAUUCCACUGAAGGAAGAGGCGAAUCCCAUGAAAAAUAGAGGGAAACUGCUGCCGAAUGGCGACUGUGAUUGUCCGAUACCAUACACAUCAUCAAUGCGUCGUCGUGAUGUGAAUUUUGAAACAGUGGAAAUCAAUUUCGCACACUUUGAUGAUCAAAUCAACGAAAUUCUGAAGAUGAAUGACAGAAACGGGUACCUGAUGGAGAACAACGAUGUUGGUAAUAUAUCCCAGCCGAAUUUUAGUGAGCAUCUCGUCAGCGCAGAUCAAAAUUCAACGUUGAUUAGCAAUUUGGACCAUUUUUCGACGUAUGUGUUUUAUAUCUCCGCAUGCAACGAAAACCGCACCAAAGAUAAACAGUGCAGUGAAAUCGUGAUGGUUUACAAUCGGACAAGUGCAUUGGCAAAUGCCGAUGAUCUCAGUGAUUUUACUAUAGAGGGUACCAAGAGGGGAGUGGUUCUCAACUGGACAAAUCCAGUUGCUCCAAAUUCCGCCAUUUUGUCCUACACCGUUCAUUGGAAAGGUGAAACCUCUAGUGAUCUAUUGUGUGUUCUUCCAACUGAAGGAAAAUAUGCUGGUCAUGUGGUGCAUUUAUUACCGGGUGUUUAUGAUAUUCGCGUGAGGGCAGUUACCUUAGCAGGUGCAGGAAAUUACACAGCCAUUAAGAAUGUUUAUGUGGGCAAACCAGACUCAAAUGACAUCGGGCUCAUAAUCGGUUUACUAAUCGCCGUAACGUUCUUCUUCGUGUGUGGAGGGUUUAUUUUCUAUCAAUAUCGUAAACGCAAGGAGUUGGAGAACAUGCAUUUGAUUCAAACUGUGAAUCCAGACUAUUGUGGGUCUAGUUAUGUGGAAGAUGAGUGGGAGAUAGCCCGCGAUGAUGUUGAUAUUGGUUCUAGUCUAGGUAAAGGUACUUUUGGUACAGUGUACUGCGGGUAUAUCAAAGGUAGACAAAUGCCGUGCGCGGUGAAGACAGUAAACAUCAGUUCGACGUACGAAGAGAAGAUGGAAUUCUUAAAUGAGGCGUCAGUGAUGAAAUCGUUCAGUAAUGCACAUCAUGUGGUGCGAUUGUUGGGUGUGGUAUCAAAAGGGGAGGCUCCAUUGGUCGUUAUGGAAUUGAUGGCUUGUGGAGAUCUAAAGACCUUCCUGAAGGUCCGAGAUUCAUCGCAAUCAAUUGGGUGUAACGAAAUGUACAGAAUGGCGAUUGAGAUCGCUGAUGGUAUGGCCUAUCUAGCAGCGAAGAAAUAUGUGCAUAGGGAUCUUGCCGCCAGGAACUGCAUGGUUGCUGGUGAUCACACCAUCAAAAUCGGCGAUUUUGGCAUGGCGAGAGAUAUUUAUGAAACGGACUACUACCGAAAAGAAUCCCAAGGCUUAUUGCCUGUCAGAUGGAUGGCCCCAGAGAGUUUAUCAGAUGGUGUGUUCACAACUGACUCGGAUAUCUGGAGUUAUGGUAUUGUACUCUGGGAGAUGGUCACCUUAGCCGAGCAGCCAUAUCAAGGUCUAGGGAAUACAGAAGUGUGGGAGUUUGUAAUAUCAAAGGGUCGAUUAUCACGACCUCCAGAAUGUCCAGAUAUUCUCUACGCAAUUAUGGAGGUGUGUUGGCGCUGGCAGCCUAAUAAAAGACCACAAUUUGCAGACAUCGUCAACAGAUUAGAGAGUCAUGUCAGCGAGGACUUCAAAGUGAUGUCAUUCUACCAUAGUCGUGAAGGACAAGAACACCGAAUGACAGCCAGGGACAGACCUUUCAAUCCACCUGCGAUGUCUCAGGCUACCAGAAGGAAUAACAAUCCGUUCGCUCACUACCAUCGCAGUGAUGAGAACAUCGGCCUCUACAACGACGAAAGCGACCCGAUCAAUUAUCCCUCCAAUCCGAACCAACGUCAGAAUCUUCUCACCGACUAUGUCCUAGAAGAAGACGAUAUUCCUGGCAGUAACGGGUAUGCCAGUCUGACAAAAACACCGUAACUACUUUCGGAUCAUUCGCACUUGUAUUUUGUAAUCGUGACAUACGCUAACUUAUUGAAUCAUUGUUUGCCAUAUAGAUGAAUACGAAAAGAAGCGGAGUUGUUUGCUGUUGAGAGAGGGGAAGAGAAAUUAAUGUUAGAGAUUUAACUAUAUCAUCCCAUCCGAUUCAGGUAACAGAAAUGUACAAAUCGAACGCCGAAUUAUUCACACUCAACAUGUUUUUGUAUUAUAACUGAAUGUGAUAUCUUGUUAUAGUCACUAGUUUAACGAAUUGCGCCUGAACGACCGAAUGUACGUGUUCGAUGUACCCGCCUCGUCAAUUUACAGUACCUACCACGUACAAUGGCGACCCAUAUAUAAAAAGAAAUCAAACUAUUUACAACUGAUUUACUAAUAUUAUACCCACCGGUGUAACGUAAACGUUCACUAUUUUAAGAAAACGCCGCUGCCGCUGUGUCGAUUCGAUUCGUAGAGUUUACAUUUUGUACGUUUACGUUUUAUUUUUGAAGAACGCAACAGAUAUUGUUACAAUAAAUGAUCGACUGAUAGUGAGUUAGGAAGAAAUAUUGUUAGUAUGAGUUGAUUCAUUAUUUUAAACGUUUUUAUUCGUUGCAAAUCUGUUUCAUUUAGGAUUCUAAGUGGUGCGUGCACAAAGCAGAAAGUUCCUUUUGCGCUAUAAACUUUAAUUUAACUUCACUAGAGUUAGAAACUUUUGUAAACUGACAGGAGAAUCAUUAAUAUGUCAAUAGGAAAACGUUGUUAUAUAGAUAAAUCUAUGGCAAAGAAAGUUUCGGCAUUGUUUCUGAACAUGAUUUGUUGAUGAAAUGAAUGUCGUGCUAUAUGUAUAAUAGAGAAUGCCGAUGAUAUGAACAAGUACAAUUAUUUUAAUUAUAUUUUUAAUAACGUUAUUAGGUAAUUACUUAAGUUAUAAGAUAUAUUCGUGUUGCAUAUGAAAAAGUGUCAAAGAAUAUACCUAGAUGAUAAAUAUUAAAUGAAAACUAAAAUACCAAAUGAAUAUAGCAUAGGUGUGCAAACGAAGAACUUCAUAUGAAGGCAUAUGAAACCAGAAACGAAUUAUCAUAUGUAUAUUUAUACAAAUUUAUAGCAUAUAAGUUGGAAGAAAUUGUAAUAAAAGACUAUAUUUUCUAAGUGUUGUAUGUUUUAAUAAAUGUUUUCUACAAAA